GCCACUGUGCCAAACUUAGUGCCCAAGGGAAGGCACAAGAAGGGAAGACAUGAGCACCUGGGAAUGGGGGAUGCUGCUGUCAACCUAUGUCAGAUUUCCAGCUGGGUAACUCUUGCCCUCCACCCAGACCACGUGCCCACCUUGUCCUUAAACUGCUUUUGGAUUCCUGCUGCUCUAGGCCCCAUAGCAGAGGAGAGAAGGCCAUGCUUCUCUUCCUCCUCUCUGCACUGGUCCUGCUCACACAGUCCCUGGGCUACCUGGAAGCAGACAUGAAGACCUACUCCCAAAGAACAGCGCCCAGUGCUUGCACUCUGGUCAUGUGUAGCUCAGUGGAGAGUGGCCUGCCUGGUCGUGAUGGACGGGAUGGGAGAGAGGGUCCUCGGGGCGAGAAGGGGGACCCAGGUUUGCCAGGAGCUGCAGGGAAAGCAGGGAUGCCUGGAGAAGCUGGCCCAAUUGGGCCCAAAGGGAACGAUGGCUCCAUUGGAGAACCUGGACCAAAGGGAGACGCUGGGCCAAGUGGACCUCCAGGACCUCCCGGUGUGCCUGGUCCAGCUGGAAGAGAAGGUCCCCUGGGGAAGCAGGGGAACAUAGGACCUCAGGGCAAGCCAGGCCCAAAAGGAGAAGCUGGGCCCAAAGGAGAAGUAGGUGCCCCUGGCAUGCAGGGCUCAGCAGGGGCAAGAGGGCCCGCAGGCCCUAAGGGAGAUCGUGGUGUCCCUGGUGAGCAUGGAGCCCCUGGAAACGCAGGGGCAGCAGGGUCUGCUGGAGUCAUGGGUCCUCAGGGAAGUCCAGGUGCCAGGGGACCCCCAGGAUUGAAGGGGGACAAAGGCGUUCCUGGAGACAAAGGAGCAAAGGGAGAAAGUGGGCUUCCAGAUGUCGCUUCUCUGAGGCAGCAGGUUGAGGCCUUACAGAAACAAGUACAGCACCUCCAGGCUGCUUUCUCUCAGUAUAAGAAAGUUGAGCUCUUCCCAAAUGGCCAAAGUGUCGGGGAGAAGAUUUUCAAGACAGCAGGCUUUGUCAAACCGUUUACGGAGGCACAGCUGGUGUGCACACAGGCUGGUGGGCAGUUGGCCUCUCCACGCUCUGCCGCUGAGAAUGCCGCCUUGCAACAGCUGGUCAUAGCUCAGAAUGAGGCUGCUUUCCUGAGCAUGACUGACUCCAAGACGGAGGGCAAGUUCACCUACCCCAGAGGAGAGUCCCUGGUCUAUUCCAACUGGGCCCCAGGGGAGCCCAACGAUGACGGCGGGUCAGAGGACUGUGUGGAGAUCUUCACCAAUGGCAAGUGGAAUGAUAGGGCUUGUGGAGAAAAGCGUCUCGUGGUCUGCGAGUUCUGAGUCAACUGGGGUGGGUAGGGCAGUGCUUGGCCCAGAAGUUUGGCCAGGAAGUCAAAGCUUAGACCCUCAUGCUGCCAAUAUCCUAAUAAAAAGCUGACCAUCUGUGCCGGGAA